AUGUUCGUGAGUUACAAGUGGUUAGUGCUGUGGUCAUUAUGGGCUAGUCGGUUUGUUCGUCAACCCACUCCAGUAAGACAGUUACAUGAUGGAUCGCUAGUAAGAGGACAGUACUCAGUAGAUAGUUCCUAUCAGCGAUACACUGGUAUACCAUAUGCUAGCUCCGAACAUAAAUACAGAUUUAAGGCUCCUGGACCUGCUCCGAAAUGGGACGGAGUCUUCGAAGCUACCAGGGAACACAUAAGAUGUCCACAAUCCAAUUUCAAGUUCCUUCCCCCAUUACUUGGGACUGAAGACUGCCUCACCAUCAACGUUUACAGUCCAAACCAUGCAUGGGAUGGUGCACCACUACCAGUCAUGGUCUUCAUCCAUGGAGGUGGAUUCAAAGAAGGAUCAGGAUCCUCUUUGCUGUAUGGACCCGAGUUCUUAGUAGCCAAAGGAGUUGUCCUCGUCACCUUCAACUAUAGACUGAACGUCCAUGGAUUUCUCUGCUUAGGUAUAAAGGAUGCCCCUGGCAACGCAGGACUUAAAGACCAGGUUGCCGCGCUCAAAUGGGUUCAAAAAAAUAUUCGAGCUUUUGGUGGAGACCCUGAUAAUGUCACCAUAUUUGGUGAGAGUGCUGGUGGUGCUUCUGUGUCGUAUCAUUUGCUCUCUCCAAUGUCUAAAGGACUAUUUCACAGGGCUAUCGCACAAAGUGGAUCUUCUGUAUCAGCGUUUGCAAGAAAACGGGAUCCAUUAGAUCAAGCAGUCGCUUUAGCAAAAGCUAUGGGUCUGAACAUUAAUGAUCCACAACAGUUAUAUGAAAAUUUUAUGAAAAUGCCCCUGGAUGAGUUAGUUAGUACAGAUAUACCGCGAGUGAAAGGAAGAUUGCAAUUUGCACAUCUGCCAUUUGUACCGUGUACUGAACAACCAAUAGAUGGCGUUGAACCGUUUAUAACAGAUUCACCUUUUAAUAUCUUCUCUAAAGGAGACUAUAAUAAAGUUCCUGUCAUCAUUGGCUCGAAUAGUGAAGAAGGAUAUUAUUUUGCAGGCUUAGAUACUGACGAAACAUUAGCUAAUCUAAGUUUUGAACGCUCAGUAGAACUGUUUGAUCUUGAAUUCCCAACAGAGGAUAAAAUGAAAGAAGUUGCGAAUAAUUUGAGAAAGAUGUAUAUGGGCAAUGAUGAAAUUUCCUUAAAGAACAUUGUUAAGCUUUCCAGAUUUCAUGGGGAGCCAUAUUUUAAUUUGCCAGAUAAUAUUGAGACUGAUCUGAUAUUGAAGACGAGUGAUAAGCCUGUUUAUAAAUAUGAGUUUCAAUACAGUGGGAGAAGGAAUAUUCCUAAGUUUAUAGCUGGGUAUACAUUCAUAAGUGCUCCAGGAGCUACCCAUGCUGAUGAGCUGUUCUAUCUUUUUACUUUGUUUCCUAUACCGAUCAUGUUUGAGACCGAAAUGAUCAGGACUAUGACCACCUUGUGGACUAAUUUUGCCAAAUACGGAACUCCAACACCAGAAGGCAGUAAGUUCAACUGGCCUCCUACUUCCCUGGCCUUGCCCACAAGGUUGGACAUCAAAGACCAGCUGUCCAUAGUCCAUAAUCCUCCAAUCACGGAUACUGUGCAAUAUUGGAAGCAGUUGUAUGAUGAAUAUCGAGCACCAUAA